AUGGUGUCCAACACUACCUCGACUGCCGAUGGCCUCCUCACCUCCACCGACGACCAGUUCGAGCAGUUCAGAAACCUCGGCUCACUGCUCCUGGGCACCUUUCUGGGCCUCAUACUAUACGGGAUGACCGUGCACCAGACGUACACUUUCUGCAUAUACCAGAAAGAGCAGACGCGGAUAUUGAAACCAUUGAUCAUAAUCAUCCUUGCGUUGGAAACUAUCCACAGUGUGCUGUGUAUGCAUGCGAGCUACGAGUUUCUCGUGCUCGAUCGAUAUCUCGACAUGAUCCCAGAGAAGAAUCGCUGGUCCAUGGACAUCCUGAACGUGUUUGCAGCAGUGAUUUUCUGUUUCACUCAGAGCCUGUUUGCAAGACGUGUCUACCUCAUGUGGCCGACGUAUCAUGGGCUUAUGAUCGUUGCUGGUGCUGCUAUACUCACUGCCGGGCAAUUUGGGACUGCUAUUGCUGCCACGGUCCUAUUAUACCUACCGCGCACCCCCGAGGUGGUCAGGAAGACCCGGCUACUCGGCGUCGCACAUUCAGCAGCAGUUAUGGUGGCAAGUGCAUUGCUUGCGGGUGCGCUCAUUCACAGAUUACGACUGCUUCGUAAGCGGACAGACUUUGAAAAGACGGAUCACACUCUCAAAGUUCUGAUCACCUACACAUGGAACACAGGUCUGCUAAUAUUCUUUACAAGUCUGCUCUCUUUGGUUUUUGCGAUCGUCUGGUCUAAGAGCCGGGUCUGCGUCGCAGUCGACAUCGUCGCGACUCAACGAACUUCGUCUGCUCGACCUUCGUCAUACGCGAUCCGAGUCCACUGCGUUCUCAUGGUCCCGAGUCUCCAAGCUGGUUCAGGUGCGCAUGGAUACCACUGGAAUAUCAACGGUCGCAUGGCAUUCGUGCCUGUGCCGCCCUCCCCGAGCAGCGAGGCUCAAUGGUCUUCGGUGUCAUCUGCAGGCCCGAUCAACAUCAAGGUCACCACCGUCACCGAGGUUAUGACGGACGGCAAGGACCAUUCGAUAGCCGAUGAAUCGGUGCUGGACCUGAAGGGUGCAUUGUCAGUUUGA